UAUGCAAAACCAGCGACAACCUCCUCCCCUGGUGCAGAAACACCAAAACUUAUGUAACUCUGCAACUAAUCUUCAGUAAUCUUGAGUGAGACAUUUAAAUCCAGGGAAUAAGCCUAUUUUUUCCAAGCUUAUCAGUAGAAAAAAAAAGAGAGAAGAAGAAAGAAGCAAAGUCCAGCCAGUGUUGUAAUAUUUGUUUCAUGCGAGCAGCGUCCUGACUUUCUUCAGACAGCAAACUCUCCUGCCGUGCAAUUUCUUAUGCAUGGCUACUGAACAUUAAAAGAAAAGCUGCUUUUAGGCUUGAAUAGCACUCACAGCAGAACCAUGGCAAUCGCUACCCUGGCUGUGUACCAUUCCCUUGUUUUUGUCUGGUAUAUUUUUGUAACCUAUUCAAUCUCACUCGUAAGAGCAGAAGACCAGUCGUCUGAAGUGUUCCUUUAUGGUAGGCAGUGGAAAUAUUUGACAGUUCUCAAUCUGGUUUUGCAGGCUGUUUUCUAUGGGAUCUCCUUCCUGGCUGAUGUGUUGAGACUAAUUAAGAAACUGCCAAGUGCUAAAUACAUAAUUUCCUGCAGAGACCUUCUCUUCAGUGCCCUGGCUUUCCCUGUGGCCACGUUUGUGUUUAUGUCCUUUUGGGUAUUGUAUACGUACAACCGAGAACUGGUUUACCCCAAGAACCUGGAUGGGAUGAUUCCAAGGUGGUUAAAUCAUGCUAUGCACACUAUUGUGUUGCCACUUGCUCUGCUGGAGAUCUUCGCUACCCCGCACCGUUAUCCACCAAAGAAGAAAGGACUGAUCCUAUUAGGAUUUGUUUCUGUUGCCUAUCUCAGCUGGGUCCUGUGGAUUUACUCUGUAACUGGAAAGUGGGUAUAUCCUCUCUUCACCUUUUUCAGCCCAGGGGGUCUAGCGGCCUUUUUCUGCAGUAGCCUUGUCCUCAUUGUCUGGAUCUACAACAUUGGAGAGUUUCUCAACCGUAUGAUUUGGGCCUGUGUCUCCUAACAACUUGGCUGUUCCCUUCACAAGAUUUCACCACUGGUAAGAACUGAUGUGAAGAGCUGCACAAGGAAAGACAUUUUCUGGCCUUCAUAUGGACGUGUGGGUUCAGAUUCCACUCUCACACCAUGUUAAGAACUUGUGAAGCGCUGUGCAUCAGGGAAGCCAUUUGCAAAGCAGACCAACAAGUAAUUUUAUUAGUUCAUCAAAACCCAAGAACUAGGCCACAUAAACUUGCAUGUCAUCUACUGGCACCUUAUGUAUUAACUGACUAUUGACAUAUGUACCAGCAAAGAACACUCUUGUAACACCUACUUAUGGUUUGAGCAAGUUCUCACACAUUCACAGGCAAUGCCCUGCCCAGUUCAUAAUGAAACACAAACAACGUAUGGCCUGUGAUUGUGAAAGCUCUGGAAUUCCCAAGAAAGUCCGUCAAGCAUUGAUUAUUGUGAAUCAGAUUCAGGAGUUUUUUCAUGUCUCCAGUAGUCAGAUGUCAAACUUUGAGAUGUAGGCCAGUCACCAAAUCUCAGGAAGGAUAUCCCUUCCCCACAAUGUACAACAAAAUAAUUGGCUGAGGUACAUUAAGCAAUUUUUUAAAUUUUCCUCUGAAGUAGCUGGUAUUAUUCAGUGCCAAGGGCAGAAUAUUGAUUUAAAGGACCAACAGUCCAAUCUGAUAGAGAAAAUAUUGCUCCCAGUCCUGCAAGCUGUAGGAUGUGGGAGGGCCUCUGGGCUGUACAGAACCCCACUGGUGGGGGCUCUGCACGGGGACAGGCAUCUACCCACCCAGAACAAUUUCCAGGAUCAAGGCUACUAAGUACAGAUUAUUUGUGUGAUCCCACCUGAGUUCCUGUAACCCAGUUAUACUAUACCAAACCUUCAUGCAGUCUUUAUUACAGGCAGAACACCCAGUAAUGCCUAUAGUUAAGCAUGCUAAUGAAUUUUUGUUCAAAACCAUCACUUUCAGAUGCUUAUAAUUUUGUCAAAUAUCAUUUUGGCUGAUCUGUGGCAGGGUUAUUAUCAGUUGGACAGAAAAAGGGAAAGGUUUUUUUUUUUUUUGAGCAAUACUUGUGGGAGAUAAAAACACCCUCAUGUUGCUAGAAAAAGAUUUUUGCAACUUUUUUUGUUUUGUUUUAAAGAGCUUUGAAGCAUCAGUGAUUAGCGUUUGAAACUUAAAAUUUAGUAGAGUCAUAGUCCCUUGCUUGCAACUGUGCCUUCCAUUGGUCAAGUGAAAAUCAGAUUUGAGUUGGAGAAAAUUAUAAGCGCUUAAAAAUCCCUUCUUUCUCAACAUGCAGGAGUUUCUCUGAAGCUACAGAAUCAAAGGCCUUCCAGCAUGCCAUUGGUAGUGCACAUUCAUGCCUGUAGAAACUGAGUGGAAUUUUUAACUGAAAUAUGAUUUGUACAUGAAAAAAAGAAAGUUACCAAUAAAUUUUAUGAUGCCCGAGCUUAUGGAACAUGAUCGUAAUCUUAACCGUCUUUUGGUGUAGUACUGUUUUUAUGGUAUGCACGCUAGUUCACAGACAGUUAUAAAAAGUUUAGGGAUUGCACAUUUUAUGGGCGCUAUGUUUGCAUUCUUCAGCCAGACUUCCUUAGUACAAUAUGGUGAACUAUUAGGAAGCACAGCAACUGUGGCAAGGCAUACCUCAGUGCACUUAAAAAGUGGUAUUGGAACCUAAGGGUGCAAGCUUGAAGCUUUCUAGCGGCUGCAUUUUCCCUGGAACUGCUUCUGAUUUGAGAAUGCAGUACCUACAAUGAUAAGCUGUAAGGAUCUGAACCUCCCUGGAGGGAGGGAAG